AUGUUAAAUUCUUCAUUUAAUUUUUUUGAGGAGAAUGACAUAAGCAAAUUGAGAAAAUAUGUAUUUUCAUAAUAUUUAAUCAUAAGAUUAUAUCAAAAGAGAACGAAUGGAAAAAAGAUAAAGCCGUACUAGAAUAAAAAACAUAUUUACUUGAACUUUAAUUAGAAGACUAUAAGUUAAGAGAAACUAACUAAAGAAAAUUAAAUGACACUAUUACUUAAGCCAUUAGUGAUUCAACAGCCAAUUAGAAAGUAUUUGGUUGUUUUUACAACUUAGAAAUCAUAUGCUGAAUUAUAAAAGAAUAUCGAUAUUUAACAGAAAGACCAAAGUAAGAUUAAGUUUAAGGAGUAGAUCAAAUAGUUAGAACACUAAGUAAUACUCAUUUUAAAUUUAAGGUUAGAUCAUUAUUAGAAUAGCUUUAAGAGAAGGAAUCUUAAGGAAAGGAAAUGGAAUUACAAUAUUAAAAGUAAUAUAUGCUUUAUGAUCAUCGAAUAUCUUAACUUGAAUAAGAAAAACUAGUUAAUUAUUAGGAUAAUUAAAGAUUAAGAGACAAUUUGAUUAAAUAGGAAGAUGUUUAUAAAUAGAAAGAAUAAUAAUAAAAAAUGAUUUAUGACUAAGAACUACAAAAAGCAAAAGAUCUAUGUAUUUAAGAUCAUAAUACAAAGUAGCAGGAUUAUGAAUUAAAAUUUGCAUAAUUAUCUACAUUGCAUGAAAAGGAAAAAGAGUAACUUUAAUUGAGAAUUAGUAAAUGUUAGAAUACGAUUAAAAAAUAUCAAUAACAUCUUGAAUAGAAUAUAGAUGUUGUUAAUUUGAAAUAAUAAUAUGAAGAUUAAAUUAAAUAAUUGAAUAAUUAAAAUACUGAAAUAUAGGCUUAAUUCUAAUAUGAAAAACAAAUUCUAUUAAAGUAAAUUGAAGAAAUCAAAAAAAUGAAUAGAGAUUCAAAUUUAAUUGAAAAUAUGAAUUGUUAUAAUAGUACCUCAAAAAAGAGAAGUAUUGAUGCUAUUAAAAUAAAGAGUUCUCUUUAAUCAUAUGAUAGUCCUGUUUAAUGUAAAAGUUUUCAUAUUGCUUGUCCUGAAAGUAAAAUACAAAUAUACAAUAAUUAUUUGAAAAAUUCAUCCACUUAAUCUAUUAUAUUAGCUUAAAAAUAAUAAAUUCAAUCAUAAUUAUUUCAAAAUAAUCAAUCAUUUGAUAAGUCUUCAAAUAUGAAUGAAGGAAUGCCUAUAUCAAUUGAUUAAUUUAAUUUGAUGAAAGAUAAAAAAUAAAAGUCAUAAUCAACAUUUUCUAUUCCAACCAGUAAUAAUUAUAAUCUUAAUUCUUAUUUAUAAGAAUAAAGUAUAUUUUAAUAAAAUCAAGAAUCAUUUUAAUUAGAUUCUAAAAACAAUCUAAAAGAAGAAACAUAAAAACCUAAAAUUUUAAAAUAAUUGAAUCCAAAUAUCUCAAAUAGAUAAAUAUAAUUUGAUUAUAAUAGAUCAAUUAAACAUGAAUUAUAAAAAUAAAAAGAAUCUAAUUAUUAAAGAUCCAUGUCUUAAGAAGGAGUUAAGUAAUAAAUAUGUAAUUUAAAUAAAAUGUUGGGUUAAACUGAAAUAAGUUAUUAAUAAAGUACUUCUACUUAAUAGAUAACAAAUAAUACUUCACUUAAUAGUUUCAAAGUCCCUGCUUUUACUCAGAAUUAAUUAAAUACUUUAAAAAACAGUUCAUAAUACAUGUGUCCCUCUACAACAUUAAGAAUGAAAGAAAACAUAUAAAAAAUUAGAUAUAAUCAUAAUCAUAGUACUCAUGAAGAAACCAAAUAAAAUAAAGAAAAUCAUUAGCCUUUAAAAAACAAUUAAAAAAGUGACAUCAAACUUAUAAUUGGUAGAUUGUUAUAAAAUAAGGGAAAAUAAAGUGAUCAACUUGAAAAUACAGGAUAUAUUAUGAAAAAUAAUAGGAUUUGA